CGUCUCGCAGACACAUACCAUGGGCUGCAACGGGUCGAAGAACAGGGACAUCCAGGAGUCACGGACACGGGUCGAGUCGACCAACACCUCCACACAGGCACGCCCCGCAGGUGCACAGGGCGCAUCGUCACAGCCUAUUGCCAACCGCCACGAUGCGGUGCUGCCGGACGACCAGAUGGGCCGCUCGCCGCAUGACAUGCGGUUUGCUGAGCGCGAGUUCUUCUCUCACGUUGUGGAGCAGACGGCGUCGUCGCUGAUCGACAUCUCGCAGACGCCCGAGUUUCUGUCAGCCGAAGACGCGCGGAUGCGCGAGGCCGACUACGCAUCGCUGCUGGCAACGGUGCAACCGGCGCCGGCGCUGCAAGCACUGCUUGCACUUCCGGCCGAGUCGAACGCCAACGCCGACCCGGCAGCAGUGCUGCAGGAGACGACCGUGGCGCCGGCGCUUGCCGAGCUCGGGGCCGAGGCUGUCGACGCCGUUGCCGCUGCCGUCGCCGGCAUGGCCGUCGAGCCGAUGGGCGACAUUGUGAUGGCGCUGCCGGACAUCCAGGUCAACGCGUAG